AAUUUCCAAAAGAACACAGAAAAGGGAUUGUUUUUUUAAAAAAAAAACUGGCACCUUUUGCUAUGUGUGGUGUGUAAGGCAGUGCAUGUGUGAGUGUGGGGGAGGCAAACCGGUGAAUUGCUGUUCUGCUUCUUAUCUUCCGAUUCUACUGAUAGUUUGUUAAAAUCAUUUGCUGUGGUAAUUGGAGCAUUGUUCUGUGUACAUUUAUUUGGAGCAAACAGCCCUGAAUUUCAUUUGCAACUUAACUAUCUCUUGUUCGAAAUGAAAUAUUUUUCAAAGUUAAAUAGGAAUUACUUUGCAGAAUAAGGCACACACCUAGCCCCAAUUGAAACUAUUUAACAUCCUAACCCUAUUCACCCUUUCCUCAGAAAUUAAGCCCUUCAAAAUUCGAGGUGGGGGGAGGCUAUUCAAAGAAUGAAUUAUGUGUGUGCUUCUUUGGGAACAAUGUCCACUGAAUGGGCUGGUGGUUAUUUUUGAAUGUAUUUAAGACUGGGCCUUAUGUCUUAAUCAAGAUGAAAAACAGUAAGUAUGAUACAAGGAACCUAGGCAAGUUUUGACACAUUUGACAUAAGAAUAUGUCAAAGUGCUGUCACGGCACAAACGGAACCUGUGAUAUAUUUUUGUGUAAUGGAUGAGAAAUUGUGAACAAGCACCAUUAAAGGUGACGUUGUCAUCCAUCAAAGAUAAAAUGCUAUUUUCCUUUUUCUUUCUUUUUUAAAAAAAAUCCUAUUUUUUUUCCUCCUUCAAACCAAUGCAUGCCUCUGAAUUUGCAAGUCUUUGGUCUGCACUGGAAUCUGCAUGCUUAGAAAUGACAGUCUAAAUGCAGAUAUAUGCGAACCUGUCAUUUCUUUAAUUUAAUGCCAUCUGCUAGGUUAGUGGGGAUAUGAGAAACACACAUAUCUACUGCUAGAUUUUUUUUUAAAAAAUGGAAAGCAUUGUUUUUAAUACUCUUUUACACUGUUUUGGCAGGCUUAAUGCGUUUUAAUAUUCAUCUAGUCUGCAAAUGAAUUUGCAUGUAGCCCCAUAUUCUUUGUUUCUUGACUUGUUUUUUGCUAACUCUGCCAUUGAGCCUUUCAUAAGUUGUUCCCGUAAGUCGUCUUCUGUAACCCAUUUCAUUACUUUCUCUUCUGAAACUUAGCCCCCCCCCCCUAUAAAAAGUAUUAAGUACCGGUAUUUGAUAUCUCAUAUUUUAAAAAGAUAAGCUUUUUUUUAAAAAGCCGUACAAUUUACUAAUUUAGGGUUAAAUUAUAUUAACAUUAGACAUUAACUUGUACAACCUAUUUAAUAUUAUUGUUUAAUAGGUAACUUUCUGCACUUUAAUAUGGGAAAGAGAAUGCUCUCCUACCAUUGCAAAUUGCUUUAAUGAUCAGUUCAAAAUUAAAUUGGCAUCUCUCAGGUGGCUGGGUCUUGAUAGUGAGGAUUUCUGUAGCGGAUUUCAGUGUUCAAAGUGUUUGGUCAUGGAUUACUUGACUGUGUUCCAUUGCAUGCUAGAGUAAUUUCUCAAGUAUGUGCUGUGGAUGAGUUGAUUCGGUCUUCUGAUUGGAUAUCCCAUAACCUUAGGGAGGAGGGGAAAAGUGUAGGGUGACCUUAGGUUAGGAAUUAUGUAUGAGCAGUUGUAUAUAGUUGUUGACUUUGGUAGUAAUUUUUUUCCAUGUUACAUUAAAAUGUUGGAUUUCUAAAAAAAAAAUAUUUUAUAUACUUCUGAUAUUAAUUGGAUAAAUGGUGGAUGCAUUUAUCCAGGAGACAUUUUACCAAUGUCUUCCAAAGCCACUAAGAUAGAACUCGUAGUCAUCAAGGUAUUACAUACCUAUGUAGGAGGGAGAGAAUGCAAAAUAUCUCAGAAUAGCUUUUCAAUACCUUGCCAUGGCCUCCCUGUGCCAAUGAUGCUAAACAGUUGUCUAAUUUCUUUGUGCUUUUUAAAAAUAACAUAACGAUGUUUGUAUUAUUUACAUUUUUAUAUAAUCUCAAUAUUUAUUUAUUUUUUAAAAAUCAGUGGUAGAAAAAUCAGCUUUACUUCUAAAUUCCAUCACAAUGCUUCAGAAGGCUGUAUAAUUCUAUUGUAUGGGUAGUGAAGCUAUGCAAAUUUUACAUAUCCAUGCUUUGCCCUCCUCUGAAGUGUAGCAAAAAUAUUUUAUACUUCCAACUAAGUCAGUGCAAUGUAAUAGACUUAAGUUUUACAAUUGAUAUGGAUUGCUGACAUCUUUUAGUGAUUCAUCCAAUCUUGUUGGAUGAAAAAUGUUGUUUAAUUUUUAAAAAUUCAAUUUCAUAUCUAGAAUUUUAGGAUGUCACUGAAUUUCUCUACUUGCGCAUAGCGUGCAGUGCUAUGUGCAAUGAAGGAGAAAAAGGCUUGCUACAUUCUAUGAGAAGAACUAACAAUUUUAAAUUUUGCAGUUUCGCUUUGAAAAGUUCAUUGCUGUUUUUCACAAUCAGCAGUUUAUAUCAAUUUGAACUUUAAAAAAUGUAUUAGAAAUUCUUCCUAUAAAAUAUACUUCUUUUUUCCAGAUAAUUUCCCCCCUAAUUUCCAUUCUACCUAUUUUAGGUUAUCCUUUACUUUAAAUCAAUCUACAUUGUACCAGUGGAAAAGCAGUUUAGCGAAAAUUCAUAAUAUACACUAUAAUUGCUUCACUGUAGUAUCACUAAAAACAAUAUAACCCACAUGUGCUAUGUAUUUAAGAUAUGGAGGACUGAAAUGCCUUCUGAAAUAGAAUGUUUGUACUUGUGAGCAAUGGGUAUUUUUAUAUACCUAUGUGUGAUAAUAUUUGCUACUCGUAUCUUUUGCAAUGUGUGUGUUUGGUGGGGUGUGGUGGACUGGGAAUUCGGUGGAAUAGAGCAGAGGGUUGAUUUCAGAAGUGCAAGUUAUAAUCCAAGUUUAGAGAAUUUUUUUUCCAUUACAUUGUGUAUCAGAAGCUGUAAAAACAGGCUAUUUAUGUUAUACUUCUCAGCAACUUUGAAAAACUGAGUCCUAUGAAGUCCUAUAUAAGUUGAAGGCUCAAAUAAGGAAAACUUGGCAAAAAGGAACUUGUCAAGAAUAACUUAAAAUGUACAAAGCUCAAACCAGUAAACUAAUCAAUGAUAUUUAUGUGAACCAUAAUGAAAGCUAAAAUUUAAAUGACUUCUGAAUUAUCUCUGAACAAGAAAUAAAUCAAGCUGAGCAGAUUUGCUUUCCUCUAAAUUGGACAGGAGCACACUCUCUAAUUCAAUGACCAGUUUACCCCUCUGCAUAUGUAUUCUCCUCCCCCUCCCACAUAUCUAGUAGGAAAAUCUCACCACAAUUCUAUCCAAAGAUCUGAUUUUUGAUGACUCAGAAUCUUAGAUUUUUCUGCAGCAUUUUCUUUUCCCUCAGAAUGUUAGUGCAUUCCGGCACGUCUCAAAUCAAGAAACUAAUCCCGGGAUAUUUUUUCAGCCCUGGUAAAAACAUAACAUAAAAUAAUUAUUUAAGAUCUGAAGGCAAAAUAUAAAGUUUGUCAUAUAAGGAGAUAGCAUGAGUGUCAGCGGGAAUCAAGGAAACAGGAGGAAAGUAGACUACCAAUUAACACGUAUCAUUUAUAAGCAAUACUACUUGUUGUUUCCAGUGAUAGUCUGGCCUUCCCCUUCUGGUAUCUCCACUGUAAGCAAAGAUGUAGAAGAAAAAUGAAUUCUUUGGAUUAUAGAUCCAUGGCAUUGACCUUAUGACAUUUCUCAAUUCAACAUUUUAUGAGCUUUGCAGACAUCCUAUGCCUCAUUCCACCCUUAAAUGAAAUACAAUGAAAGGAGAAAGUAAUUAGGAAAGAACAAUUUUUAAAGCAUAUUGGGAAUACUGUGUUAUAUAUCAGAGGUCCGUUGAAAUCUAAAGUUAAAGUUAAAAUUUGUAUUGCUCUGGCUUUUCCUUUCUGCUAAUAUUGUUAUGUUCCUGCUAAAAAUGAUGCACUUUCAUUAAUGCACCCCAACAACAAGCAAUCUCUUUGAGACUUAGAAUGAUGACGGAUUUUGAAAGUAGAGGCAGACCUUAGAAGGUAUUUACAUCAGCAUAUAAUGACAGGCUACAAAUCUUUCCCAUGUAGGGGACUUUCACCCCUGCACAUUUUUUUUUUUUUUGCCUUUUAUUUAUGGGCAAGGUUAUUUAGUUGUAAUUAACCUAGAAGCCAAAAAAAUGACUUUCUGUUGUGAAGUGGAAUGUUCCCAUUAAAUUAAAUGAAGCAGCGUAUAUCUGAAAAUACAGUGAUACUUGUUUAUACACAAAGGAUCUGAACUAGAUCCAUAAUCAUACGAAAUAAACAGAAAGAAAAAGGCCACUGCCAUCUAGUAGUGAAAUUCCUUUUAUCUCACAGGGAAUUGGAAUCAUUUAAUUUCUCACAUAAUUCCAUGUAUGACAUGAUACAAUAAGGUAUCUUUUUAAAUAUUCUAAUUAUUAACUAUUGGAUCCUUAGGUCUUUAUGUAAAUUCAAUUCUAUUAUAUAAUCUGAGGCUGAAUAUUUUUAUCUCAGUGGAAACCAUAUAUGAAGAAAGGCAGUACACUGCAUAAGAUUGCUGUGGUGAAACUGAAUUUAUACUAAGAUGCCAAUCAGAUAUGUUUGGCCCAAAGUUAUACUUGCUAUUGCAAAAUUCUGUAUGUGUGUUUGUGUUUCUUAGUAGUAGUCCUGAGUAAACCUACUAACAACUGUGUAGCCUCCUUUGGAGUACACUGCAAAAAAAUAAAACAAAUGUAGUUGUAUAUUCCAAAGCUUGUACAGCAUUUCUUAAGAAUUAUUUUAUAACCUCCAAAAUGAUUAAAUGAUUGCAUAGCCUUUGAACGAUAAACAAACAAAUAUAGGUUUCAUUCUAAAAGUUUUUGUAGGAUUUUAUUUUAAUUUUUUUUAGUGUUACACUUGCAAACCCAGGCUAUACACGCUGAUAGCGUAGAUUAUUUCAGGCUGAAAUUAUGCUUAUUUGCAUGGGUAGUCAUUCUUUAAAAGCAGCUACAGAUGCAGUCCUAGGGAGCACGUAGAUGUUUUUACAGGUGAACCGAAACAGAUGGGAACAGAUCCAAAAGUCUGAAUGCUGCGUUUGGCAAGAUACCCUAUUAUUGUGGAAACUGUGCACUGUUAAGCUAAUGUGGAGUUUAAUAUUAGAUAAACAUAGCAUGGGAAAAAUUAAUAUUACAUUGGUAUAGUUUUCAACUUGAAGGUACCGGAAGACGUCUGUAAUGCUUCAUAUACCAUGGUCCCAGGAUUCUUGAGCUGUGCCCAGCUGACAAGCUUUUGAAGAUGGCACAAUAACUGUUCAGUGAUGCCUGACCAUGACAGCACAGCCCUCUUAAGUAGGCAGACCAAGAGAAGAAGAGUUGACAUUGGAGUGAAACGGACGGUAGGGACAGCAUCUGCCUUUUUUGCAAAGGCAAGAGCAUCGUUUUUUAGUGCCAUGAAUCCCCAAGGCUCCGAGCAGGAUGUGGAGUAUUCAGUGGUGCAGCAUGCAGAUGGGGAGAAGUCAAAUGUGCUUCGCAAGCUGCUGAAGAGGGCAAACUCCUAUGAAGAUGCCAUGAUGCCUUUUCCAGGAGCAACUAUAAUUUCCCAGCUGUUGAAAAAUAACAUGAACAAAAAUGGUGGCAACGAGCCCAGCUUUCAAGCGAGUGGCCUCUCCAGCACAGGCUCAGAAGUACAUCAGGAGGAUGUGUGCAGCAACUCUUCAAGAGACAGCCCCCAAGAGUGUCUUUCUCCAUUUGGCAGACCCACGAUGAGCCAGUUUGAUAUGGAUCGGUUAUGCGAUGAGCACCUGAGAGCUAAGCGUGCCCGGGUUGAGAAUAUCAUUCGAGGGAUGAGCCAUUCCCCAAGUGUGGCAUUAAGGGGCAAUGAAAAUGAAAGAGAGAUGGCUCCACAGUCUGUGAGUCCCAGAGAAAGUUACAGAGAAAAUAAGCGCAAGCAAAAGCUGCCUCAACAGCAGCAACAGAGUUUCCAGCAGCUGGUUUCAGCGAGGAAAGAACAGAAGCGAGAGGAGCGCAGACAGCUGAAACAGCAGCUGGAGGACAUGCAAAAACAGCUGCGCCAGCUUCAGGAAAAGUUCUACCAAAUCUAUGACAGCACAGAUUCUGAAAAUGACGAAGAUGCUGGUAACCUCUCUGAAGGCAGCCUGCGUUCGGAAACACUGGAUGUCAGGGCGAGAGAUUCUGUGGGGAGGUCGGAUAAUGAAAUGUGUGAAUUGGACCCAGGGCAAUUUAUUGAUCGUGCAAGAGCUUUGAUUAGAGAACAGGAGAUAGCGGAGAACAAACCCAGAAAAGAUGGGCCCAGAGAAAAAGAUCAUGGGCCCAACUCUUUUCAUCCAGAAGGCAAGCACUUAGCUGAGACGCUAAAGCAGGAAUUGAACACUGCCAUGUCUCAGGUUGUGGACACUGUGGUCAAGAUUUUCUCUUCAAAGCCUGUACGUCAACUUCCUCAGGUCUUCCCACCUCUUCAGAUCCCCCAAGCAAGAUUUGCUGUCAAUGGGGAGAACCACAACUUCCACACAGCAAACCAGCGCCUCCAGUGCUUUGGGGACAUCAUCAUUCCAAACCCACUAGAUACCUUUGGGAAUGUGCCACUGUCUAAUUCCACAGACCAAACAGAAGCACUGCCCCUAGUUGUCCGCAAAAAUUCAUCAGACCAGCCUGCCUCUGUCCCACCUCCCGGCAGCCAUCAUGCUGCUCUCCAUCAAUCUCCACUGUCUGCCACCACAGGGUUCACUUCCUCUUCAUUUCGCCAUCCCUUUCCUCUGCCCCUUAUGGCAUACCCAUUUCAGAACCCCUUAGCGGCUCCUUCUGCCUCCUUCCCUGGGAAAGACAGAGCCUCUCCAGAAUCCUUAGAUUUAACCAGAGAGACCACAAGUCUGAGGACCAAGAUGUCAUCCCAUCAUAUGAACCAUCACCCUUGUUCACCAGCACAUCCUCCUAGCACUGCAGAAAGCCUCUCAAUAUCUCUCAUCAAGUCUGAGUGUGGUGACCUUCAAGAUAUUUCCGAAAUCUCACCUUAUUCUGGGAGUGCCAUGCAGGAAGGUUUGUCACCAAACCACUUAAAAAAGGCCAAGCUUAUGUUCUUUUAUACUCGGUACCCAAGUUCCAAUAUGCUGAAAACCUACUUCUCAGAUGUAAAGCAUCAUUCAUCCAGAAGAAGCCCAAAGUGCUUUACAAACAGCCAAUAUAGGGAUCAUUCACCCACCACAGAAAGGCAACCGCUUCCGUGGUGGAAGGCAACAGCCAUUCGGGGUCAGCAACAUCACACACCAGUAGAUUUCAACAGAUGUAUUACUUCUCAGCUCAUCAAGUGGUUUAGCAAUUUCCGUGAAUUCUACUACAUUCAGAUGGAGAAGUAUGCACGUCAAGCCAUCAAUGAUGGUGUAACAAGCACUGAAGAGCUGUCUAUAACCAGAGACUGUGAGCUGUACAGAGCCCUCAACAUGCACUACAAUAAAGCAAAUGACUUUGAGGUUCCAGAGAGAUUCCUGGAAGUGGCUCAGAUCACAUUACGAGAGUUUUUCAAUGCCAUUAUCGCAGGCAAAGAUGUUGAUCCUUCCUGGAAGAAGGCCAUAUACAAGGUCAUCUGUAAGCUGGACAGUGAAGUUCCUGAGAUUUUCAAAUCCCCAAACUGCCUCCAAGAGCUUCUUCAUGAGUAGAGAUUUUCAACCGCUAUUUAUGAAUGUAUUAAAAAAAAAGUAGCAGACUCUCCCUUUUUUAUGCCCAAGCUAUGUGUGAAUGUGUGUGUAUGUGUUUCUAUAUUAAUUUCAUAUAUGAAAUCAGAUCAGAAUCCCUUGUGAUUUAUUAUAAGUUUAGGUCAGUAAUAAGUGUAUAAUUAUUUUAACUCCAGCUUUUAUUUUACUUUUGCCUGUGACUUUUAACAUUUUGGGAAAAAAACAGUAUUGGGGCAUUUUCUUCCCCUUCCAGUCCCUUUUCUUAUCCCAUGAGAAGAAGAAUGAUUUGAAGUGUGUACAAGCCUAUCUCUAUCUAUCUAUCUAUCUAUCUAUCUAUCUAUCUAUCUAUCUAUCUAUCUAUCGCUAAUUACCUGGUUGAUUUUUCCCCAGAUGUUAUGGUAAAAUCCUACAAAAGGUGAUGACUCUUUGUUUGUAUUAAAAGCUCUUAACCCUAUGGGGGAUUUUCACAGCUAAAGUUUCUAACUUUUUAGUUCAACUGCUUAAUGAAGGAAGUGCACUUUUUGUGUAACACUGUACAAGAUAUAUAAAUCCUCUUUUCUUUUCUCAACUGAGAGCAAAAGACAUCAUCUCUUCUAAACUUUAUGACUUUCCUUCUAUGAGAACAAUGUAUGCCCAUAUUUUGGCAUCUUUUGCUCUACUAUAAGCAUAUGUUCAAGCUUCUUGAGCCCUACUGUCAUGCUUUGGGGAGAGGUACCUACCUACAAUUUCUGUUGUUAGGAAGUUUGGGAAAACAAAAGUAGUGGCAAGUUCUCUCAGAAGGCACCACAGAGUUGAAAGUAUGUUCUGUUCUGUUCUAUGUUGGGCUCAUCAUAUGUUAGAGGGACUGAAUACAAAAUUAAGUAGACUGGAGAUGAAACUGGAUGAACCCAAAAUUCCAAAGUUGGAAUGCACUCAUUUUUUGAUGUUUGCCUCAGCUAUAUUUAUCUAGCUAUGUUUCCCUUUCUCCUUUCAAGCAAGGCAAUACUGUGCAAAGCAAAUGAAGGCAAGAUAAUUUGUAGGUUGGCUAAUACAAUUCUGUAAUAUGGUUAACUCCUUAAUAGAAUUUCACUCUACAUAUAGUAAAAACAAAGGGGGGGGGGUUGCUGCUGUAUGGUCUAUCGUCAUAGUGGAGCAUUUUAAAUUAUUUUAUUGGUCAUGGGGAAAUAAUUCCUAUUGAAAUCCAUGGAAUCCAAAAGGGGCAAUCCCAUGCACAGGCAUUUGGGGACUAAGUCCAGAAGUUAUUUCUAACCAUAUGUUUAUAGGAUAAGUAUGAUGAUUGAUGAAUGUUUUAUUUUGGCUGAAUUGUACCCUUUUACUUCAUAAAAUUGAAUAGUUGGGUCAGGGCCAUCUUCUAAAUAGCAUUUGAUACAAAUGUAAUCUUCCUCUUCUUCUCUGAAAUCUUUACGUGAUGUAUAUAUUUGAUAUUUCAUAUUUUUACCUGAAACAUGUUUUAACUACUUUUUCAUCUGAAAAGCAUUGUAAUAUAUGUUUGCUUUAUUCUCAAAUUACUAUGGCAAAAAUGACAUCAUCUCAGAGUGCAAGAAUACUUUCAAUAUAUUAGAAAUGGAUUAGAAACAUUUUUAUAGAAAAUAUUGUUUAAAGAAAUAAACUAGGCACAAUAUAUACUGAAAGCACAACUCUGGAGAAGAAAACUGUGCAUACAGUUAAUUGUUUAACUGUGCUAACUAACUUUCUAAGUUUUGAGCACGCUUCAUGAGAACUGGAUUGCACCUAAACAUUGUGCAGAAUUUGUAUUUCUGUCCCAUUGGCUAGGAAAAUAAAUGCUAGUCACUUUAUUCAUUCCUCAGAGUUACAUAAUUCAUAACCAAUGAAUAGAAGUAAUUAAAUACUUUCUAUUCUAUAGCAAAAGUUUGAACUAAGCAAAACAUGAGAGCCAUGCAUAAUGUAUUAAAAAUGGAACUCUUCAGAGUUGUCCUGAUAUUUUCAAGAUAAUUUUUUGCAACGAAGAGCCACUGAGUUCUACUUCUGGCAUCUUUCAAUAAAGCUAAACUGAACACACCGAAUGCAAAGCUGCUAUUGAAAAUUGCUAAUAUUUCCAUACUUUCUAUGACAUCAAUCUACUUGCAUACUGAGACCAUGAUUACAUACUGAGAUCCCCACCAGCAGUUGAUGACACAAGGGCUGACAAGCCCAAAACGUCCUAAUAUCCAAACACAGCAAGUUCUUUGCUGUUGAUGGGAGGAGCUUAUUUUAAGCUGCCAUUUUCAGCAAGGACAGAAUAUGUUUACUUCUUGUUGGAUAUGAUUGUUGGUAUUUACUGGACAAGAAUGCUGACUGGAGUCUAAAAUGGAAUUUCAUCUCAAAAUGACAAAAACAAUGUUGAUAUUUCAAUGAAAAGCGGGAAUAAGAGUGGUAUGGAUCUAGCUGAAAUGAAUUGCAACAAUCUAGUUCAAAAAAGAAGAAAAUGUUCCCUGAAUGUGUUUAUGCUUUCUUCAGAGGUCUCUUUUUUUUCUUUUCACACUUUGGGAAAGUGGUAGUGUGUAGUAGAAUUAUCUCUAUGUUAUGGCACUAUGGGUUUGUUGUUUUCUGUGUCUUUUGUACAGAUGCAGUAAGAAUUUAUUGUUAUCUGAACUGGUAUUUAUCUUUACCUUUCUCCCCCUUGAAAUUGAAUCAGAUUCAGUCCUAACUGACCGUGGUAGCAGUUUUACAGUUUAGCAGAUAGUUUUCUUUAGGAUCCUCCUUUUUUUCCCCUCCCUUUCUUGAAAUUGCUUUUUAAAGAAAAACAAAACAUAAAUUGUAUUUUGGCUUUGGAGAGUAAAAGUUUACCCCAUAUACAUUACGAUAAUAAAAAAGCUGACUAGUCACUGCGAUGAUGCCUCAUUUAUAAAUAUUGCUUGAGAGACAAAAAUGAUGAAAAGAGUUGACAGUAAAAAGCCUUAAAACCUGCUGAUUUUUUUUAAAAUGAGGGCACAGGCCUUUGUUUAGUGACAGAAACACACAGGGUUUCUCAAUAUGCAGAAUAGCAGUUUUCUUGAUGCAAAAGCUUUGCUGAAGCCAGUAAGAUACACUAAAGCACACACUAUGUUAAAGAAAAAGUCCAGUGGGUCUUUUCAUAUGUAAUACUUCUAGCUAAAAAAAAACAGUUUAUUAAUCCAGGAUAGGUUCCCAUAUUUGAUUUUCUUCUUGACCGUUAUUUUUGAUAUUUUUAUUCUGGUGUGCUCCUCAAUAUAUCUGACAUAAGGAACUGGUUUAAAGUCAGUUAUUAAGUAGGAUCUAAAAUCAUUAUUGGAAGAUAAUUUAAGAUCCUAAAUAUUAGUUAACUAACAUUACAAAACCAUUCCUUGUCCCUGAUAUAUACAAGGAACUUCAUAGUUCGAAUCAAAUAGAACUAAAUUACAAGAAGUAGUUUACAAAGAGAAAAGAUUAUGGGAAAACAUAUCUACCCUUCUGGGAGUUGCUAUUUCAGCCCAUGUGGAGGCAAUCCAACUUUUUUAAAAAUGGGGAUGAUUGUUAUGAUUAUGUCCUUUUAUUGUCUCAUUUUGAAAGAAGCUUGCUUCUGCUAAAGAUUUAUGGAAAGGUACAGGAGGCUUGAAAAGGAGACAUUGUCCUCAUAUUAUUACAGCAAGCUCUUCAGCUCUCUCCAUAUUCAAAACAGCAUGAAAUCCUCUAGCAGUUUACUUUAUUAUCAUCCUAUUGUAUUAUCCCCUUGGCCAUAACCAAACAUACCCAACUAAAGCCAUAGUUAAUUUCUUAGGCACCAUUUUGAAGACUGUUCAUUCUUAGUAACAUUAGUGCCGUAACCUUUAGCACUAUUUGUCUUGAAACCAUGAUUUGCUUUUUAAAAAAGACCUUAGCUGAUUAUUCCCUAGUUAUUUAAUUGUAAUUUCAUUGUGUUAGUUGUGUUGCCUUUGUGCCUCCCAAAGCACAUCACAUUGAGUGUGAAAUAUCCAUUUUUGUUCUAUUUUAAGGAUAUUUUUUCAUCCUCCCAAUGAUUUUUUUUAGAAUUCAAUUUUUAAAGAAUAAAAUGAGCACCUUGUGCCAUAGAUUUUGUUGCCAUGCUGAGACAUUAGAACAGCACAAGUCGCUGAAGUUGUCUUACUAUGUCUCCUGUCCAUUUAAAAAGAACAAGAAAAGGAGAAAACGAGAGGAUAGAUUUAUUGAUUUGGAAUUUGAAAGCAUUCAGACCAACAAUUUUAUGAAGCAAAGCCCCAUAAUCCAAUUUCUCUAAGAAUAGAGAGAGGAUUCUUGAGAGAGAAUCGUAGUCACAUCAUUUCCAUGAAUCUCACAUGGAUUUUUUUUUUUCAUGAGUAUUCUAAUUUUUGAUAAUGCUGCACCUGAUUACUGUUGGUUUCAUAGGCAGGCUUUCCUUCUAAAGUCAGGACACUGCAGCAAUUCUAAAACUGAGCCAUGUCCAGCAAUAGUAAUUAUUCAAAUUGUCCAUAGAAUAUAUUAAAAAAAUAAAAGAUGGCCCGCCAUGGCAAUAUAGUCAAAACUCUGCUUGUUUA